AUGAAUAUUUGGAGAAAAUUCAUCAACAAGUACGCAGAGCAACACCGGCGUGCAAAAAUGCUUACCAUUUGGCUGCGUAUGUUGCGAAAGCCGCGCCGAGCCUCGUAGACCUUUCGUUUCAGGCCUGAUCAACGUGUGCAUCCUGGCCAUUCCCGCCCAUAGUCUCUUCUCCACAGCCGCUCUCCUCUACUUCAUCGCUCCCUAUCGAAAAUUCGUCAAACGUCUUCUGAGAAUGGAGGAGGAGUCGAACACGCGAAUGAACAUGGUGUCUAGUGUGAAUUUAUGA